ACACACACUCACACACAACUUCGUAGCCUUUCAAAGCGAACGGUGGUGCGUGCGCGUCGUCCGCGCGUCGUUGUUUCGUUUUCUCAUUUUUCGUUACUUCCACACACAACCACACACACACGCGCUGGUCCAUACUUUUAGUGAAAAUUAUCAAACAAAAUCAAACAGCAAGUCGUUGCGGGUGAUACUAGAAGCGGCUAGAAAUUGCCCUCCCUGUUGUGGUCGGCAAGCGACCUUUCCCAGUGGAAAUGCGGCAUGUGUGGUGCUGAGUGAGUGAGUGUGUGUGCUUUUUUUGUUGUUUGGUGUGGAGCUAAAUUUGUUUUGAUAGUGUGAUAUGAUUUUGGAGUGUAUGGGUGCGUGUGUGCGGGAACCAGCGCUCUACUCGUAGCGAGCUAAACGUGCUUCCAAGUUGGGAAAUUGGCCGACGCCUCGUACCGUGGCAAAAGAGCCUUGGAAAUCGUUGGAAAAAAGGUGUGGAAAUCGCGUGCGUGUGUCGGUGGCGCGUACACACAGCUGGCCUUUGCGGGGUGGCUGAAGGUUUAGUUUUUGCUUGUUUGUUGCUCUUCUGUGUGUUCGAUUCGGUGUGAUGCAAAACUAGGCACAAGCGCAAGGAGAGGAUUGCAUGAAGAAAAGCUUCUACGAGCGGCAACCACAGAAGGAUACACAGAGCGAAAAGGAUAACGUUGCGUGCGUGGUGGUGCAGCUGUGAGAGUUCAAGGUCUUGCAGAUUUCGAAACGGUUCCUGUUCGUUCCUGUUCCGGGCCACAGUCGUACAAGAAUCAGCAUUCAACAUUGAUUGUGCAUGAAAAGCUAUAGAUGAAUAAUUAAAGCUGAUCUUCCGGGUGAAACAAUAAUGCUUCCCAUCAGCUGGUCGUGAUUGCUAGUGGGCAAAAUUCCGGCCGGAACGAUUGAAAUGAUACUGCGUGGUAGGUGAAGCGUGGAAAAGAUACAAACGCCUCCGACCACCUCACAGCUGCAUGACGCAGUCGUAACUACAUACCUUCCUCCCCAACCUCCCCAUUUUGGCCUUUCCCACGAUGGAGGACGUAAAUCAAGAAUCUACCAUACCGGAGGUACCGCUGGCCACCACCACCACCAGCACCACCGAUGAAACGCAAGCACCGAACGGCGACGACACUGAGACCGGCGAGAAUGAGACGGAACUGGAGAAACUCGUCGGGCAGGACGUAGACUCGACCAAAUCGUCGAUGGAAAGCUCCUUCACCGUGACCGACUGCAACUGCUCGUCGCUGAUCGAACGCACGGACCAGCUGGACGCGAACGAGCUGCAGCUCGACGCGAAGGUGACCGAACUGAUUGAGGAUCUCAUCAAGCCGCCGACCACCACCGGGCCGAAUGGACCGGCCGGGUGUGAGGAAAAGUUUAAAGUUCUCACGAUCGCCGACGAGGCGGAGGAGAGCGGCGUCAUCGCGGGCAAGGGAGCCGGGGAUGGUAGCGACAGUGGGGUAGAAUUCGGGGCCGGAUCCGGUUCGCUUACCGACACGGGCGUGCUGCAGCGAGCGCUCAGCAACAACAGUGCCGGUUACGCAAGCAGCUGCUGCGGUUUGGACGGUGAGCCGACCGGGAUGAGCAUGUCGUGCAACUCGAGCAUGAUAAGCUACAGCUCGGAUAUCUACGACAAGACGGGCAAUACGGUGGUGCUGUGCGGGCGGCUGAGCACCGACUACUGUGCGAGCGAGGGCGGCAGCGAAAGCUCCUCGGUGACGGGUGGGCCCGUCAGCUCGGCCCUGCGCAAGGCGGGCAGCACGAUCAAGAAGAAGGUGGCGGUGAAGGAACCGCCCUCGAACCGGUCGCCGCGCAAAUCGACCGAGAGCGUGUCGAGCAGCGGUCGGAGCAGUUCCCGUUCGCGCGGCUCUUCGCUCGGCCGGUCGGUGUCGCUGAAUCUGAAGACGAUACCGGCGUCGGCGGCUAAUGUGGCGGCGGCGGCAGCUGCCAGGGAGCGGGCUCGUUCGCGUGAUAAAUCAGCCUCAUCGGCGGUGGGGGCUGCAGGGUCUCCCAGCGUCAUGUCUACCAGCUUGAAUCGUGCUCUGCAAACGCCCACCAAACCGAUGCCACCGCCGAGACGCCCGCUGAAACCGGACUCGCUUCCGACCGGCAUUAAAGACUCACCGUCCGGCCAGCGAGUGACCGUGUCGCGCACUCCGUCCAUUACCCGUGGUCGAACGCCACUGGGAACGCCGACGGACGAUGGCAGGUGGCCGUCGGUAGGCGGGAAGGGUGGCGUGAGCUGCAGCGGUGGCAAUACGACACCUCGUUCCAUGCGAGCAAGCUCCGUCGCACCGGACGGAGGCACCAUGUCCAUCAAAACACGCAUCGGACCACUAUCGCUGGACGGUGGCAAAGGUGGGACAGCAACCGGAUCGCCCAUGAGUCUGCCCAGCGGAGUGGAUAAAUUUGCCACCCUGCCCCGGCGACGCAAGGAACGCUCGGCGGAGGAUCUGAAGGCUGGCGUCGGCGGUGCUGGAUCCGGUUCGCGCUCAAACUCGGUGACGCGCGACCAGUCCACCAAUCGCAUGGCAGUGUCACUGUUCAAGAAGCUUCCCGCGAGCAGCAAAGCAGCAGAUCAGGCAAGCCCUGGGAACAAAAUAUCAGCCUCGUCGCAUCCACGGCUCGCUGCGGCCACGAAAAAGCUCAUCCACAAGACGAAGAUCUACCACGAGACGAGCGUCCAGACGGCCAUCACCGGCAAGGACGUGGAGGACGCAUUCGGCGGUAACGCUCGCACGGUGCGCAUCGAUGCAGCCGAGAUGGUCAGCAAGCAGACACAGUCCGACAUACGCGACAAGGAGCUGGAACGGUUGGAGGAAAAGCUGAAGAAGGUGACGGGCGAGUACACGUCGCUCAUGUCGAAGCUGUCGGAGAAGUCGCAGCUGGUAACGUCGCUCGAGCAGAAGCUGCUGGUCGAGCGGGAAGAGAAGCUAGCGGCGCAGCGCGAGCUCCAGAACAACACCGACCGUGUGCUGGGCAUGCUCGAGUCGAUGCAAGCCAUCCCGGCGGACAGUGGCGAUGGCGGGGAGUGUGACAGUUUGCUGAUGCUCGAAUCACAGCUCCAGCUGUCGGGCAAUGUGCUGGAGAAGAAGCAGGAAGAGAUCGUGCGGCUGCAGACGAUCUGCCGGGCGCUGCAGAUGGAUAUGGAGCGGUCGCUCAAGAACCAGGAGGAGCUGCUGCGCCAGAAGACUGAGCUGGAGGAGGAGUCGAGCGAGAUGCAGGACUUCCUGCAGGUGGAGAAGCAAUCGUGCAUGGACGCGCUGAAGGAGGCGGAGCAGGAGGUGAGCAUGCUGCGGCAGAGUUUGCUGAUGAAGGAGGGCAACAUCGAGCGGCAGCAGGAAGAGUGUCGCCAUCUAGUCCGAAUAGCCGAGCAGAGGAGACAAGAAUAUCUGGGAAUGCAGGCCAAGUACAAUGCUCUGGAGAGUCGCUCGAAGGACAUUCUGCUGCAGCAGGGCGCUGCCGUGUCGGGAGCGUCAGUCGCAUUGUCAGGACUCGGAUCUCGACUGGACAACUUGGUCGAACAGUUGAUCGCUUCCUACAACAUCUCAGAGCAGGAUCUCGAGGACGUAAUCUACCACAACGAGGCGUACACGAAUAGUGCGAGCAGUGGCGAUGGCAGCCCGGAGUACGAGCAAUCUUCCGAUGCGUACUCGGGCAAACAGCAUCACCAUUCGCAGCAGCAUCAGUACCAGCAGCAACAGUCCCCGGAAUCCCACUCGGCAUCGGCGAAGGGAGGCGCAAAGGCUACCGUACCACUGUCACCGCAGCGUGGCCAAUCGUUCAUAGCGGCCGUCAUCAGUGCUAUCAAGAACGCGACCAGUAAGACGGCCACCACAAAGUCAGCGGGAGCAACCACGAAUGGAGCAAACGCUGCAAACAAGGAGUGCCGUGAAACAAAUGGCCACGAAUCGGACUCGACAGAGAUGCUCGACUCGGAGACGGAACCGUGCCUCAUGAUGGACAACGUGCUGGAGGAUGUGACGAUGCCGGACUCGCAUUCCCACAACAUGGUUUCGUCGUCGACCCGCAUCUCGCAGAUCGAGAUGCCAUCGUCGCUCGAGAGUGGCGUUGGAGCGACCAGCAACGCGAUGACGAUGGCGCACGACGAAUCGCUCGAUAAUCUUUCGCAGGCCAUCGCUAACCGGCAGCAGAUCGAGCUGCAGUCGAACAUGAUCGCUAGUGGUCGGUCGUCACGGUUCCACCAUUCGGUCGGUAGCAACAACGACCAGCAGCAGCAGCAGCACCAGCAACCGUCUCGCAACACACCGUCCGUGGUAACGUCGGCGGCGGCAGCUAUGACGACCGCUCCGGACCACACGACCGCAAGCCACUCUUCGUCGCUGGACGACGAGGAGAACAGCUGCUGCGCGGAGGCGUCGAUGGCCGAAAUGCCGUCGAUUUGCGAGUACUGCAACGCGCAGUCGCUGGUGGAUCAGGUGAUCGAUGUGGACAAUCUGAUCACGAAGCUGCUGAAGGUGUUGCGGAUCGUCCAGAUGGAUAAUGAUCACUGCAUACAGGAGCUGAUCAAUCAUAAGAACAAACUAGCGAUCUCAAACGAAGAGAUUCAGGACCGUGUGAAGGAGUACGAGGAGCUGAACUACAAGCUGCAGGACGAUCUGAAGGACGCCUACCAUCAGCUGCAGGUACGAGGCAGCGAACUGAGCAGCAACAAGGUGGAGUUGCUGAAACACCGACAAGAAAUUGAUAAAUUAAACGAAGACAUUUGUCAGUUAAGCACACUGUGCAGUGAUAGCAAGCAGGCCAAGAAGAUUGUGAUCGAUCGGGAGGAGAUCUUGAACGCAUUUAAGCUCUGCAACGAGGAUGGUGUCGUGCCGGAGCAGGAACUGUCCCAGUUUAUCGUUCAGGCAUGCACUGAGAUUCCCAAACUGAAGGCCAAGCUGUUCGAAAAGGAGCAACAGCUGGCGACGAUGGCAAGCAAUGCCACGAGUGGGUCCAAUUUCGUGAUGACGGCCAGCUGGCACCAAGCGCUGAGCGAAGCGAAACGACAGUACGAGGCGAUCGAUCGCGCUUUGGAGACACUGGACAGCGUCAAAGCGAUCGUACAGCAAACACCGGCCCUGAUGGAGCUGCAGCGCGACCUGGAGGAGACGAACUUUGCUUCCGCGUCCAGUUUUCCGCUCGUAACGGCGGCGCAGCUCAACCAGCUCAACUGUGGCCAGGUCGGUACGAACGGCAAUGGGGCCGGCGUAAACGGCAACGGUAUUAUUGAUCUGAAUGCCAACGAAACGACGCUCGGCAACGAGGCGGCAAGUGUGGGGGCCGAUCCGAGCUGCUACAUUGACUCGACUGCUUAAAACUUAACGGAAAUCAUCAGCGGGGGUAGAUAGAACGCUUUAUUUAUUACUACCUUCUCUCUCUCUCUUUAGACAGACAGGCGGUAGCAUUCAUUUUACUUUAAUUGUUUACCACUCGUGGGUCUUUUCCGUCGAGGAUGUGAUGGAGUAUUAGUUUUCCGUUUUUUUGUUUUUGUGUUAGUGUUUUUUCGUUUAUCAAAACAAGCAUGAUAUUAUCAUCAUUCAUAUUCGAGCGCAUGGUCCAUAGUAACUGAUUGCAUUUCGUUUUGCUACACUUAACUCUGGGGCAGCACGUAAGUGGCGACCGUCAUGAAUAGUGAACCAUGUUGAACCGAGAUUAGAAACGUUAGCAAGCGUAGCAGCAAGUAGCAAACAAGGUAACAAUGUCCCCCCUUCUCUAGUUCGAUAGUUAGCAUUAAUCGUAGAGGUAUGAUUGUGAUUUGCUGUUCUUGAUGCUAUACAGACUUGAAUGAAACGAUUAUUGGACGGGAGAUACAAGAUUAGAGCCAAUAGGAAGGUGUUGUUACUCGAGACAAAUAAGUGUAAAGAUAAUAAUUUAUUUCCUAAUCGCAUUUCGCAAUAGAGCACUGCAUACAGCUACUUCCUGUUCCGCUGGUAGGGUAGAUGAGGCGUUACGUUGUAGAAUAAAAAAGAAAGGGAGGGAAUUAAACAAAACGGUCCAUUUAUCCAGUGUCCCACUCCAGCACCUCGAUCGACUACUGUGUUCGUUAGCCAUGUGCACGUUCCACACGGGAAGCGUACGACAGUAUAUUUCCACUUAUACUCCGUUGAUAGUUCCAUGCCGUACGAUAUAGCUGUAGAGAAUAUUGAUUACUUCUAGUAUUCCUUCCAUAAGAUAGGUAGACACGAACACUCCCUCAGUUGGCAAAUGUAGCGUUUGAAAAAUGAUUGAAAUGCUGGAUUUUAAAAUGCUGGAAUUGAGUGUGAUGAGAAGUAACGACUAAACCAGCAGUAUGCCUUUAUUGGUUAAUGGUUUUCCCUUUUGCUUGUGCUUGUCUACACCAUCGCAUGAGACGCAGCGUGUGACAAAUGUGAUGAACUGGAGUGGAACUGAUCCCCUCAUUCUUCCCCCAGCAAGUCACCGAUACUUCCGAUUUUAAUUGUUCCAUUUGUUUCCUUUUCUCUAGCAUUUAUUAUAGUCUUUUCUCGGUGUAGGAGAAAACGCAUCUAUAUAUAAUAAGCUUUUGACUGCAGAGAGAUGAUUUCGUAUCCCUACGAACGGCGGACGCGGUCGGUCCUUUCCCUGUAUAUGAUUUCAAAUUAUGUGUUCGGUUUUUUUUUCUGUGGUUCAAAAUUAAUCCCAAAAUUUAACUGCUCCCGGGAGCGCUCUAUUUCUUGUUUUUGCUUUGUAAAUAUUUUCUGGCAGUAAAUAUGGUGGUUUAUUUAUGUUGUAAACGUGUAAAUUUGUAUGAUAUACUUUUAUGUUAUGGUUAUUUUUGUUUUUUGUCUUCUUCUUUACCUUUCUUUUAACAUUUGUGUGUAGUCUCACUGUAUUUUAGUUAGCAUUUUAUACUUUAAUUUGGACUUGUAAAGAAACGUUUCUAUUUUCUCUGCCUGUUUCUCACCACCUUUCACUGCUCCGGGAUAAUGCGUUCGUUUUGGCACUACUGGGCAUUUUACUAUGUACAUGUACACAAACUAAACAAAAAAGAAAAACGAACUGCUCUAGCUUUCACACAGUUUGCACGAUGUAUCAAACUUUACAGAAAACAAAGAGCAAGCAAUAGGAAGAGAAAAUAGUGAAAAUCAGUGUCGCACAAGCGCGGCAGACACUCACACGCACACACACAAUCAAUGCGAUGGUGUAGAUAAGCGCAAAGGAAAGGGAAAAUGUAUAGAGGGAGGAAAAAUAACACAUUUGAAUAGUUUGCUUCCGAACUGAUACUGAUACUGGCAAGUCGUUACAGCAAAAGUCACACUGAGUCACAACACUCAAAACCCGCAUUAGGACUGGCUAGCGGUAAUGUAAUUUCGGUUUUUAAACUCUCUUAGCUAAAACGGAUACUCCAAUCCACGCGCGGUGGAAACACACAAUUCGUUCGAAUUUAACUAAACUAAGCAAAACAAGGAACAACAAACAAAUAAAAACACAAACCUAAACGAGCCAAUUGAUUAGAGAAAAGGAGCCUUUAAAGCAAACGUGACAGCGGUGGCAACGUGGUGUGCAUGUAUUAAGCUAAAUGUUAUAUCCUUCAAAUGGAUGUUCCCAAUCUGUCCGUAAAGUAACGAAACAGACUAGACAUAAAUUUACUUACCCGUUGCGAAUGAACGAACAAAAGAAAGUAACCGAUCAGUAAUCAAAAAAGGCCAUUUGCAUAAGAGGAAUGCGAGAAGGCGUGAAGAAGAGAGGAGGAGCAGGGUCAGGCGAGUUAGUAUGUUGUUGGUAAGUGUGGUGUAAGUCGAAGCUAUACUUAGUUUUAAACCAAUAGCGCUGUACCGCUGCGAAUAGUUGAUAAAACAAAACCAUGUUCGACAUUAGUCAAACUUCGUAAGUUCUUCGGGACGGUUAAACAAAAAAAAAUACUACGGACAGCAACUUUAUCCAACUAUUUUGUGAAUAAAAGUAAAAUAAAGCGCAAA